UCAAUAAAUCAAUAAAAACCACAACUGAAAUGUAGUAAAACACCUUUUUUUUUUAAGUAAAUUUGGAAGCACAUUUCCAUAGGCGUGAAGGGGUUCUUUUACUUUACAGCUGUUAGUUAGAACUCCUUUUAUUUAGUGCAAUCGUGUUCAGGUAAUAUCAUAAUGACCGAAAGCUGACUUAGAAAAACUGUUAAUGUCAGCUUAGUAUAUAUGCUCAAAUGGCUCCAAAGCCACUAUCACUGGCAGUUGCGCUUAAUUAAAUUCAGUAUCACUUAUGUACCCGAUUCAGAUAAUUUAAAAAGGAACCUGACACAUUCGCAUGUUAUUUCGAGUUAAAUACUAGUUACAUAUGUUUUUUCUAUAAUGAUGACUCGUUUACUCUUUGUCUCUGUUAGAUUAGUUUUUAGUAUCGGUGCUUUUUGUUAGUUUUGUUUUGCGUAAUUUGAUAUUGUUUUGUCUGCAAUAAGAGAUGUUUGAGAAAUCCUGAACGCCCCAUAGUUGGAAAACACAAGGUUUGCUUAUUUUCCCAUUGUUCACACAUCACGUGAUUGCAGCACUAGACCAAAGCAGCCGAUCGUCGAGGUUUGUUGCCACUGACAGUCACUUGCUAACUAAAGUCAUGGCACUGUUCACACAAAGCUGUUGUGUCGUUGGACGGUUCUCCACAGGCCAUCUGCGGCCGAGUCAUAGAUGCAUCCCACAUGUUUAUACGAGCAGCCUGACACCUGUGGCCAAAUCCUUCCAAAACCGGGCUGACGGAAAGAAAACGCUUCUGAGCGAUGAAGGGCCUGAUCUACAAGACUUUAUUUCCGGGGAACUGUCGGAGAAAAGCAAUUGGGCAGAGUACAGAGGCAACCUGAAGAGACAUAAGGGAGAGAGGUUGAGGCUUCCCCCAUGGCUGAAGAGAGAGAUCCCCAUUGGAAAGAAUUACAACAGGCUGAAGAACACGCUGAGAGACCUCAACCUGCACACGGUGUGUGAGGAAGCCAGGUGUCCAAACAUUGGGGAAUGCUGGGGAGGAGGACAAUAUGCUACUGCCACAGCCACCAUCAUGUUGAUGGGGGACACAUGUACUCGUGGAUGCAGGUUCUGCUCAGUAAAGACAGCCCGUCGGCCCCCGCCUCUGGACCCAGAAGAGCCUUACAGUACAGCCAAGGCUGUUGCUGCCUGGGGGCUGGACUAUGUGGUUCUCACUUCAGUAGACAGAGAUGAUAUUGCUGAUGGAGGGGCGGAGCACUUUGCUAAGACUGUUUCCAACCUGAAGGAAAGGAACCCUCAGAUCAUGGUUGAAUGUCUGACCCCUGAUUUUCGUGGUGACCUGUCGGCAGUAGAGAAGAUCGCCCUGUCGGGGCUCGACGUGUACGCCCACAAUGUGGAGACAGUUCGUGAACUGCAAGGUCAUGUGCGUGACCCCAGAGCAAACUUUGACCAGUCUCUGAGCGUCCUGAAGCAUGCUAAAGAGGUUAAACCCACUGUCCUCACCAAGACUUCCAUCAUGCUGGGACUGGGGGAGACGGACCAGCAGAUCCUCAACACUCUGACCGAGCUGCAAGAAGCAGGAGUGGACUGUCUAACACUUGGACAGUACAUGCAGCCCACUAAACGCCACCUGAAGGUGGAGGAAUAUGUCACACCAGAGCGAUUUGCGUACUGGGAGAAAGUUGGGAAUGACAUGGGCUUCGUUUACACAGCUAGUGGGCCGCUGGUGCGGUCCUCCUACAAAGCAGGCGAGUUCUUCCUGAAGAAUUUACUGAAGAAGAGAAAAGCAGAAGCUGGAAUCACAGAAUGAAACGCAACCAAUGAGCACUUUAUAGAGACUGCACCUUUAACUACACAUAUUUAUAGUGACAAAGUCAGCUUUACUCCUGCAAUAGUGCAGUGCAUUGUUGAACGCUGUAGCACAGUAAACUUUUAAAUGAGGGUACAGGAGCAACAUUAACUAGACUUAUGUCAAGUGCAGGACCCAUUCUGUUAAUGUUUUUCAGUGCAUUUGUCCUUUAGUGUCCCCUGUGACAGGAGAUCAGCGAGAACAAACUGCAGUUGGAGGCCUGCAGACAUGUAGAAAACCUGGGUUCAUGUAACCCUGCCAGGAGAAAAUAGAACACGGUGUGAGCAGUAGCUGUACCAUCUCUGCCCCUUAGGGGCCCAUAAAUCAUGUCCACCAUUGACUCCCUCUCUACAGAUAAAAAGCUACUGACCUUUAACUAGGAGUCAUAUAUGAGCAAUUUCUGCUUCAGGACUGACUUUAUGAAGAAAGAUACAAAAACAAGUCUAUACAACAUGUCUGCCGAGGACUUAAAACACUGUUGAUCCCUUUAUUUUAUUACACUGGAAAAGUACUUUCACCAGGUAAAAAGGUACUUUUACUUCAAAAGGACUAUCUGAUGAACAGUUUGGCCUGAAACUAUACUUUCUAAUGCAAUACAAUAUAAAUUUACAGCUGAUCAAGAUGGAAGUUUGUUUCUAACCCUGGUCAAGAAAAAAAAAAACGUUUAAAAUGUGCAUUUAAAGAACUAAAACUCCUCCCUCCACUUUUGCUGGUUUUCAUU